UUUCACGGUCCUCGUUGAAAUGGAGCUGGCAUAAAGGCCAAUUUUGCAGAUAAUGUAUAUCAAGAAGUUGAAGCUAACGUUGAUACUGAUUCAGUUUAUGACUAAUCUGAUGUAAUCUUAAAGAUUAGACCUCCUGAAAAUACAAAAGCAUUGAA